GCGGCGCUGACGUUCGCUUGUCUAUGGUAUUUUACCCGCAUAUAUUCUGCACAUGCUAUCAGCUGUCACUCACGUUUAAAAUGUCAGCGACGACAAAAUGAGGUUACAUCUUAUUCUCGCGGUCGUCUGCCUCUUAUGGGACCGGGAUGAACGUUUGGCGCUCGCGAACAAAAGUGCCGAGCCGCAGCCGGAAUACAGGGCCGAUGGUCCGCUGGUGAUGUGUAAAUUCUUACCUAAGGAAUUCGUGGAAUGCGAGGACCCGGUUGAUCACAAAGGAAACAAGACCGCGAAGGAGGAGACAGGCUUCGGUUGCGUCAAGUUUGGAGGAUCUCGCUAUGAAGAUGUAGAGAAGACCAAGGUGUCCUGUACAGUGUUGCCAGACAUUGAGUGUUUUGGACCAAGGACAUUCUUUCGCGAGGGAAUACCGUGUAUAAAGUAUAGUGACCAUUACUUCGCGACGACUCUCCUGUACAGCAUUCUAUUGGGAUUCCUUGGGAUGGAUCGCUUCUGCCUUGGACAGACUGGGACAGCAGUGGGCAAACUGUUGACACUGGGUGGUAUGGGUGUGUGGUGGAUCGUCGAUGUUAUUUUGCUUGUAACGAACUCGUUGCAGCCAGAGGACGGCAGUAAUUGGAACCCAUAUGUAUAACACUUUGAGAAAUCAGGGAUCACUUUGUACAUAAUUCAUAAUUUUUGGGAUGAUGCAUGUGGCUUCUUGCAAAAGCAGUCAAUGUCCCAUGUUUAGUCUUCUCCCUGACUGUUAUCCCUCUGUUUUGUGAGGUUGAUUAAAAAAUUUAAUCAAGUGAAAUAAAGAAAAGAGUGUAAGAUAAAUGAUAAUUUACUUAAUUCCCAUUUAGGGAAUUUUUAUAUUUAAAUUAUUAUAAUUUAUAAAUAAACCAUUUUGAUGUGCUGAAGA